AUGGCUGAUUUCGAUUUGACUCUGCGCAUGAUCCCAUCGCUGGAUCGCCAGCUCGUGUUCCCCCUGCUCGAGUUUGUGUCCAUUAAGAAUGUGUACAAGGAGGAGGACCUGCUCAAGGCCAAGUUCGAGCUCCUGUCCAACACCAACAUGGUUGACUUUACCGGUCAGCUGUACCAGCAGAUUCACGACACCGAUGAGUUGCCGGCGGAGUUUGCUGAGCGGCGCGAGGCUGUGAUCAAGAAGCUCGAGGAGAGCGAGCAGAAGACGGAGCACAUUCGCGAGGUCAUCGAGAACCCCGAGGUCGCCAGUGCGCUGCGCCAGGACAAGCUGCAGAACAUGAAGCUGCUGCGCGAGAACUACCAGUGCACGCCCGAGAUGGUGCAGGAGCUGUACAACUACGGCCAGCUGCAGUACAGCUGCGGCAACUACGGUGGAUCGGCGGAUAUGCUGUUCCACUUCAGCAUUCUGUCGACGGACCCGGAGCUGACGCUGUCUGCCAUGUGGGGCAAGCUCGCAUCGGAGAUUCUGCUUGGUAACUGGGAGGUUGCGUACGAGGACAUGAGCAAGCUCAAGGAGACGAUCGACAAGACGCACUUCAAGACGCCGACGGAGCAGCUGCAGCAGCGCACGUGGCUGCUGCACUGGUCGCUGUUUGUGUUCUUCAACCACCCGAAGGGCCGCGAUGGCAUCGUCGACACAUUCCUGCUGCCGCAGUACCUGAGCACGAUCCAGAACGCGUGCCCGUGGAUCCUGCGCUACCUGACUGCCGCCAUUGUCACAAACCGCAAGCGCCGCAACAUGAUCAAGGAGCUGGCCAAGAUCAUCGAGCAGGAGUCGUACAUGUACCGCGAUCCGAUCACCGAGUUCGUCGAGGCCCUGUACGUGGACUUUGACUUCGACAAGGCUGCGUCCAAGCUCGAGGAGUGCGAGGAGGUGCUGGAGAAGGAUUUCUUCCUGACCGGCGCCGUCGACGACUUUGUCGAGAACGCGCGCUACUUCCUGGCCGAGGUGUACUGCCGCAUCCACAAGCGCAUUGACAUGGCUGGCCUGACCAAGAAGCUCAAUAUGAAGCAGGAGGAGGGCGAGAAGUGGAUUGUCAAGCUCAUCCGUGAGACACGCAUGGACGCCAAGGUGGACUUCAAGGAUAACACCGUUAUCAUGAACCCGAGCUACAACCCGAUCUACCAGCAGGUGAUUGAGCGCACAAAGGCCCUGGUGUUCCGGUCGCAGGUGCUCAACGGCGCCAUCGACAAGCGCGGUAGCUCUGCCGCCAAGAAGGGUGAGCAGAAGCAGCAGAAGCAGCAGCAGCAGCAAAACUCCAAGAAGCGGGCGACCGAGUCGGCCCCCAUCGCUGCCCAGUAG